AUGUUUGAUGUCAUAACACUUUUGGUGCUAUGCAUAAAAUAUGAAUCAUUAGUUGAGAGACUUUCCGCAGGCAAGCUUGACUAUGUCUGCAAAUCCAGGCUUAAACAUCUGGCUGGAGCAUUCGCUGGAGUCAGCAUCAAUUUGAUAUUCUUUCCACUCGACACACUGAAAACAAGACUUCAAUCACCAUCAUAUCAGCAAAUUUACCGCAGCCAGAAUGCUACUGUGAACCGUACUCUUUUUCGCGGCCUUUACCAGGGUAUUAGCACAGUAACUGUAAUUGCAGUUCCCUCUUCAGUCGUCUUUUUUUCCACCUACGAAAGUCUAAAACGUGUUAUCGGCUCCACCGGGAUUCCACAGCCCGCAGUCCACGCAUUCAGCAGCUCCGUUGCUCAAUUGCUGAACUGUGCUGUCGUAACACCAGCGGAAGUACUUAAGCAAAAUGCGCAGAUACUGAAGCAUGAUGCUCAGACAAAGAAAAGAAUUUCCCCUACCACAGAGGUUACGAGAAUGCUGAUGAAGCAUCCUGCUGGGCUAUGGAGAGGAUACACUGCGCUAGCAGCACGUGACCUUCCGUUCACAGCACUGCAAUUUCCGGUAUUCGAGUAUCUGAAGAAAAAUUUGACUGUCAGGCGCUCGAGGAUGAAAGACGGUGAGCCUGUAACUGGUGUGUUCGAGCGGGCAAGAAUCUCAGCAGCGAGUGCCGGCAUCGCAGGUAGCGCGGCUGCGUGGAUUACGACACCAUUCGAUGUUGUCAAAACAAGAAUGAUGCUUGAAGCAAGCGAGGAAAGCAAAAACAGACGUGAGAUCCGCAGAAGCGUGCUUCAAAUUCUUCAAAGCAUCCUUCGGGACGAUGGAGUGACGGGUCUGUUCCGAGGCGGGUUGGUAAGAGCAAUGUUUACUAUUGCAGGAAACGGAAUGUACAUGGGCUGCUACGAAGGAGCCAAAUUCUACUUGAACGAUCGAGGUAUGCAUGGUGAGGAAGAUGAGUUACAUAGAUAA